AUGGGUGAAGGCGGAGUUGUCGUGGACCCGCCCCCCGAGUGGCAUCCCGGUCUGAAGAUGGGGAAUACUUCAACAAAACCGGAGGGGACCGGAAAUGGCGACCAGACUACUUCCGCCCAAGAUUCCGACUCCGGCACAGAUUUAAACGAAGAUGCUGCAAACAGUCACGAUGACGAAAACGCAUCUGAUGAUACAACCAAGGCCCCACAGUCUAUUUCAGAAAAGCCUGGUCAGCCUGACCAAACUGAAGACAUAGAGGCAGAAAACACAGCAGUAACAGGUGUUGUGACAGAAAAUGAACUUUUGUCUCCAGAAGCACCAGUAGGCCCUGAGAAAGAUGGUGCCACUCCUGGCGGUACCAACACCCCAGACCCGUCCGAGACGACUGCAGAUCAACCGGAGGCAGCGACCAUUGAGGAUGAGUUCGAGUCCUCUGAGGUUGUAGAAACUAGAGCGGAUGGUACGGCUUCAGCGGAUGCCACUGGUGCCGCUGCAGCUACAGUUACGGAUACAACACCUGAGGCAACAGAAGCUACAGAACAACCCUCACCCGCAGUGCCAUCAACAACAACCACAUCUACAACGUCUACGGAAACACUGACAGCCAGCUAUUUUCAAGCAGCAGGUAUGGACCCAGGGAUGUUGCAGCUGCUAAAACAGAUGCACCCGGACAUCUUCAACCAGAUGGAGGCCUACAACAGGCUGGUGUCCCACGUCAACACGCUGGGCUUUUCGUUCCGUAGCAACGUGCCGAUGGACGGUAACUGCAUGUUUCACGUGGUGGCCGACCAGCUGCGGCGUACACAGGGGCCGGAGAUGACUCAACAAGAACUCAGGAGCAAGGCGGUGGACUACCUGAGGGACCAUCCUUUUACGGAGGGAAACCAACACCUGCGCUCCUUUGUACCCGAUGAGAAGUGGGACUCCUAUCUGGCUGCGAUGUCACUUGACGGGGAGUGGGGUGAUCACAUCGCCCUCAUGGCCCUGGCAUCGGUACUGCAGCGGGAGAUCCACGUGGUGUCGAGCACCCCUGGUGAUGACUUCCUCACCAAGGUCAAACCGAACGGUGGGACGGAUGCACCUGUUACCGGCCCUCCCUUACUACUCGGGCACUACGCCGAGCAACAUUACGUCAGCCUCGAUGGUCCUCAGCGCCCAAUGCGCCAGCUGUCAAGGCAACUCUCAAUUGAAGCACCCCCUCCAAGAGACCAACAAGACAAGCCAGAAGGCAUGACAUUCCACAGUGUGUGUGGAUCAGCAGUCAUGCUGUCCCCUAACAAGAGAAAUGCACAUCGCCUGAACGUGUCAGACGAGCAAGUCUCAACCAGCGCCCUGGUCUUCAGUGCCUCACCGAUAAACGUUAACCAAGAGGUCCUGGUCGAGUUCUCCGGGUUCACUGACAAGGGAAGCGGCGCUUUGUUCUUCGGUGUCACAACGGUGGAUCCCUCAACGCGAAGCCCCGCCGAGCUACCGGCAUCCCUCGCCGUCGAUAAACAAAUCAUCGAAGGCUAUUGGGUCUGGCCGAUCGACCAUGACCUGAUGACGACUGGGGCGCUUUUCAGGUUUUCCGUCAACUGUAACGGAAACCUGGAGUGCUCAAGUAACGUCAACGGUGGCAUGUCCAAGCUGCAGUUAGCGAGUAUCCCUACCGACCAACCACUCUGGGCUGUCCUGGACUUACAGGGGAGAACACAGACAGUCAAGUUUGUUGAUGGAGAGGAAAAGAAAAAAGCCACGGUGAUCUGGAAGAAAGGAGGAAUACCUGACAGCCCUCCUGAUAUCAACGUCGUCAUGGGGUUUCUACAGAAUCUGUUGAUGGACAAAAUCCAGAUUCUGAAGUCCUGCGCGGCCGUCAUCAGGGAGGAAGAAACACCGGAGCGGGCCAGGAGGGCGCUGACAUACCUACGUAAACUCACCAUGUAA